AUGGCCACCGAACGCCUCACGAACAUCCUCUCCCACGUAUCCCCAUCACAAUCCCCAAUCGAUAAACUCACCACCAAGUCCCCCUCAGAUAUAGUAAUCACCCUCGCCCUCCGCACCUCCCUCACCAAAUCCCACCGCGGCGCCUUCAAAGACACACCCCUCGACGGCCUGCUCUUCAAAACCCUCGAGCAAGUCGUCCAACGCUCCUGCUUCCCCCCGCACCACGUCGGCGACAUCUGCCUCGGCAACGUCCGCGAUGGGCGUGCAACGUAUAUGAUCCGCGCCGCCGCUUUGGCAGCCGGGUAUCCCGUGCCCACUUGCACGAGUAGUGUGAAUCGGUUUUGUUCGAGCAGUUUGACCGCUACGCAGCAUGUUGCCAACGAAGUCGCGUCGGGGUUGAUUGAGGUUGGUGUGGCGAUUGGAGCCGAGACGUUGAGUCAAGGGAAUGUGAGGUUGGAGCGGCCGUUCGUGGAGGAGAUUAUGGAGGCGAAUGGGGAUGCGGCGGAUUGCAUGCAGUCGAUGGGGCAGACAAGUGAGAAUGUGGGUAGGGAGUUUGAAGUCAGCCGGGAGCAGCAGGAUUGGUAUGCGGUGGAGUCGUAUCGGAGGGCGGAGGUGGCACAGAGAGAAGGGUGGUUUGGGGAUGAGAUUGCACCGGUGAAGGUGAAGGUGAAAGGGAAGGAUGGGAGGGAGGAGGAAGUGCUGGUGGAGAAGGAUGAUGUGAGGUAUGGGACGACGUAUGAGGGGAUUGCGAAGCUGAAGCCUGCGUUUCCUGAGUUUGGGGAUAGGAGUCAUGCCGGGAAUAGCAGUCAGGUUACUGAUGGGGCGGCGGCGAUCGUUUUGAUGAAGAGGAGUAAGGCGAAGGAGUUGGGCGUGCCGGUGCUGGCGAAGUAUGUUGGGACGGCGAUUGAAGGGUUGGCGCCGAGGAUCAUGGGCAUCGGACCAGCCCUAGUCAUCCCGAAGCUCCUAAAGCAGUACAAUCUCGAGAUGAACGACAUCGACGUCGUCGAGAUCAACGAGGCCUUUGCGUCCAUGGCGGUGUACUGCAGAGACAAGCUUGGCCUGGGAUGGGAUAGAAUGAAUCCACGAGGUGGUGCAAUCGCAAUUGGCCAUCCAUUCGGUUGCACCGGGGUAAGGCAGAUUGUGACAGGCCUGAGCGAGUGUCGGAGGAGAAAGGCAAAGCUGCUGGUGACGAGCAUGUGCAUGGGCACAGGGAUGGGAAUGGCCGGCUUGUUUGUGAACGAGGUUACCUGA